GCCCAGGGCAGUAUUGGAGUCAACAUCCCUGGAAGGAUUUAAAAGCUGUGUGCAUGUGGCACCUGGGGACAUAGGUCUGUGGCUGGGGCAAUGGUUGGACUUGAUCUUUUCCAACCUUUAUGAUUCUAUGACUAGACUGAUUGGUUCAGCCUUUGUAAAAUAUAAUUGUAACUGUUUUUAAUGUUACAUAAAAGAAAGAAGCUUGGGCUCUGCUGAAAAUAAAUACUCAGACUUCAUCAAAUUGCAAAUAUCAAAUGGGAGGAGACAGACGCAGGUAUGUGACAUUUCUGUAAAGGUAAAUCUCUCCUGGCGUUAUCUGCAGAUAAACAUCAUCUGUCUUGCUGCUGAAUCCCUGGCUUAUAAUAAACACAGAAUCAUAAUAGCAAAUAAUCCAAGGGGUUUAAAAUAUGCAAAGACAGUCAUUGCUGAUAGGAAAUUUCUUUGAAGAAUGGCAGACACUUGUGUGUUUAUACAAAUAUAUGUUUAAGUUCUAAAAACUGCAAGAUACAGAAACAUGACCAAUUAUAGGGAAAAAGAGAAAUCAAAGAUGCUCUAGUGCUCUCAAAGGAUGAUGAUGCUCAAAGUACUUAAAGCUUCAUAUGUUUAAAGAUUAAAAAUUAUCAGAACACAUGGAGGAGAGUUGAGCUCAUAGGUUAGUACAUUCAACUUCAGUAGCUGAAAACUAAUUAUAGGAGCAUCUUUCUGUGUAUUGGGUCAGGGCAGAUUGGUUGGUUAGGGGCAAAGCCUCUUGCCUGGUAAGACAGAGCCACUAUAAAAUUAAAUCAGUUUCUAAUCUAAUUUAUUGAUUGCAGUGAACGCCUGUGUCAGCCCCUCAGGUGUGGUGGUGCUUGGUGAGGAAGGUCUCUGCCAGGUCUCCUCAGUGCUGACUGGAUGCUGUGCCUUCAGUUCAGUGCGUGAAGGCAAUGCUACACUCGUGCGGGAUUUGUGCAGCCUGAAGAACGGUGCCAGGCUCAGCUCAGGAGAGGCAGAACCCCAGGCAGUACUGCCCGGCCGCAAGGCAGCACCCACCACAAUCCCUGUCCUCGUCUUGGUGCUGCCGAGGCAGCUGAUGACAACAGCAAACAGCAAAGAGCCGUCUGGAGUGCCAGUCUGGGCAAGACCGCUCUGGAAACACGCAGGUUCAAGGACAGUUUGGAGUGCCCUCAACAACCCUCUUUAACCGGUUUAUCAGAGGAACACCUGCAUUGCCCGGUGGCAGUCCAUUCCGUACUGGGCUGUCAGCAGGGACAUCCUAUCAAGCACACGGCAGCAAAGUUUCCAAGUCCUGGGCAGCGAGAGGGGUGGGCAGCCUCCCUGGAGGCUCCGCGGAGCCAGCAGCGUGCCCGGCACUCCGGGACUCGGCUGUGCCAGCUCCACGCCGGCGCUUGUGCGGUGACUCUCAGCCUCACACCCGAACACUUGCCCUUGUCUUUGCAGAUACCCCCAAACCGGGUUGUUAUCGGGCUGAGAAUCUAGAGAUUUUUUACUUCCUAUUUAUCUGCCACGGUCUAUGGUCUAUGCACUAUAGUGCAGAGAGAACGCGGACAUCAGGGCACCCCCGCAGCGCUUUCGUCGCGCUGUCCAGCAGCGAACCCCAAUAUUGUUUUGCUUCUAGUAAAAGUCGACUACGCCCUGAGUCUCACCAAAACGAGCCACAAAAACAGCCAUUUCCUCUUGGUGGGGAGGUGGGGGGGCCUUUUCCUCACUGCAGUGGCUGUUCCUGUCCCCGCACUCACAGCUCGGCUCUUCGGAGAGGGACAGGGCAGAGCAACCUCCUCGAGAUACUCCAGACUUGCAGAUCACCUUUGGGAUGACCACACUCCCCUCUGGGUCGGCUUAGCUUUGAGAGGAUGACAUCUGUCACCGUUUGCAGGAUAUUCUGAAGUUUGCACCCAAAGCCAGGCUUUUGGAGCAGCACUGGUUGGCUUGGAGGAUCCAGUGCUCAGCAGGCUACAGCGAGCAUCACAUCCCACUUCUGCCCCACCCCAGCUCAGACUCUCCUGCCCCGACACUGGAUUCUGUUUGGAUUCACCCCGUCCAACACGGAAUGGACACAGGGAGUGUCAUCCAGUUCACCACGGGACUGGCAUUACUUAUCAAAGUGCAAGAAGGUGGAUAAGUUAACGCUGGGAAGGACCUAACAAAGCUUCUUUGUGUUCUUAUUUUAUGGAAUUCUCCUAUCUACCUCACAAAAUUCUCAUUUCCUUGGUCAGAAAUCCCUCUGGAGUUGACUUCAAGAAUGAACGGUGAUGUCCUCUAGCGCCCCGUAACACCCCAGCGCAGCCGCCAGUUCCCAGCCCAAUUUCAAUGUGCUGCAGCUGACCAGGACCUCGUGUCGUCUGCAAUUAGAGACUGGCAGCAAGCUGACAGUCAGAUAUGACUGUCCAGAAACUGGUAGCCACAGCCGUGUUGGUAGCCCUGGUCUCACUCAUCCUUAACAAUGCGGCUGCCUUUACCCCCAACUGGGUGUACCAAACGCUGGAGGAUGGGCGCAAGCGCACUGUGGGGCUCUGGAGGAUGUGCUGGCUGGCAGAGCGGAGCAGAGCGGGUGCAAGCACCAGUGCCAGGCACGGGCAAGGGGAGGAGCAGGAGUGUGAAGCCCUGGGCUGGGGGUCAGAGUCGGCUGGGUUCCAGGAGUCACGCAGCACUGUCAAACUGCAGUUCGACAUGAUGCGUGCCUGCAACCUCAUUGCCACGGUGGCUCUGACUGCUGGCCAGCUCCUCUUUGUCCUGAGGCUAAUGGAACUCCCCAUCAUCUCCCAGGAUACCCAGUGGUGGGAGGAGGCCAUAGCUGCUGUGUUCCAACUUGCCAGUUUUGUUCUGGUUAUCGGACUGGUGACAUUCUAUCGUAUCGGACCAUACACCAACCUCUCGUGGUCCUGCUACCUGAACAUUGGAGCCUGCCUUCUGGCCACACUGGCAGCUGCCAUUCUAAUCUGGAACAUCCUCCACAGGCGUGAGGACUGCAUGGCACCCCGGGUCAUUGUCAUCAGCCGCACCCUGACUGCUCGCUUUCGCCGUGGCUUGGAAAAUGACUAUGUUGAGUCACCAUGCUGAAAGAGCACACUUGAAAGAUGAAAGAUCACCAAGGAAAUCUGCAUUGGAGUUGUUUUCUAUAUAUGCUAUAAUUUAAGGGUUGCAAGACAUUACAAUGUUCACUUGUUUGGGCAGAGGUCCUUGAUUAUUAUUUGGAUGGGCUCCAUCUCUAUACAUAUGUAUAAAACACAUAAUUUUAUACAUAUAUAUAAAAAAUAUUAUAUUGCCCUCUCCUUUUGUUGUACAGCACAGAAUUGUUGGGUUGGCUGCAUGGCAGCAGGGUCAGCUGGAAAAGAUAACAAGUGUAUGCAAUGAGAAUACAGGAAAGAGGGAACCAAACAAAUUUUCUCUGUCUGCAUCAAGUUCUCCUGCUCCCUAAAAAUAAAACAAAAAGGUAUAGGAGACCAGUGACAAUAGCUUGGGAGUUAACAUGCAAUCUGAGAAAGCAGAAAACUCACUAUAGACUAAGUGGUGGGUUUAAAAACUGUCUAAAUUUCAUGACUUUCUAGUUCUUCUAUUCACCUCUCUACAAGGAACAAAUUCUCAUUAGCUGCAAUACCUGCUCCCAGCCCCAGAACAGACCAGAGAGUAAAAAGCAAAAGCAACUCUAACUAUUCUUAUGUAAAGAAAGGAAUUGCAGAAGAAUUAAGCUGCACUUUUUUCAGACAUUUCUUUUGUAUGCUGAGACACAGGUUUGCUAACGUCCUAUGCAUAAACAGACAUUAAAAAUGAGAAUGGUACGCAGCUAGAACAGGCCACACAUGCUGCUGAAAAAAUGUUUCAAUGUUACAUUGAGGGCAAAUGUCCACAGGAGGCUACCUGAACUCCCUAAUAAUCAAAUAUAUUAUUAAAUUGCAUUGUUGGGAACUAUUAUAAAAAAGAAAUAUUCCAGCCCACUUUGGUUUGUCUUCUCACCAGCUAGUUAUAACAUUUGAUGUGACAUUAGAAUGCUAUGGCAGGACACCAGUUCUGCCCAGCAAUGCCCAGAGCCACAUAACACAGGGAAUAUUGGAGAACAGAGCUGCCACUCAAGCACCCAGACUGGAGAAUAAAAUAAAUAUACAGGACUUCAUGAUUUUGACAUUUAAAAACAACCUGCCUGAUAGUUUGAUAUGAUAAUGAAGUGAAAAAAGUAAUGCCUAUAGAAUUAGGUAUAAUGUUUAUAAGCCUCAACCUGAGAAGCACAUGGCCUCACAAAAGUCAUAUGCAUAUAAUUUUCAGAAAAAAACCCACAACAUAUCAAAAACUAUUAUGCACGAAUACAUGGGAUACAGGAACCUGAGGCAAUGACAGGUGUGUAAGCACUCUCAGAAUGCUGCUCUGAGUACAAUUACUGAUAGGAUUGAGGGACCAUGAGCUGUGAAUGUUACAAAUUCCUCAAGACUGUUGUGUUGCUCCCAGCUGAGUACACUGCUUUGCUUCUUUAUCACUAUUUCCAGACUUUUUAAAAAUGUGAUCAUCAAGCUGGCUCUUGAGUUCUGUUCUGCACUCAGUUUGGUUAUGAUAAGAAACUCAACCCCAACUGCUGCUCUGCACCACAUUCCAAAUGAGAAACACUGUACAGAGACUGAUGCUCUAGAACAACUGCACUGCUCUAGACUGUCAGGGGAAAUACCAUUAAGCUGACAAAGAGUUUCUUCUAGCAGUAGGUUUGUAAAAACCAACUAAAAUUAGUAUUCAUCUGCCUGCAUUAAUUUUCUGGGAAAAAAAAAGAAGUCCAGAAGUAAUAUGAUUAAAUGCGGUGGUUCUUAAAAUAAAAUAUUAGAGUAUUUAAGAGACAUUAUAUUAUUUCCUCUAAUAUUGCAAUAUCCAUAUUAUAAUAAUGUACAUGUGAAUUUAAAAAACAGCUAUGUGGUUGGUAAAUCUAUAACACUUGGUAUUGCUGUGAUUAUUUUAGAUGUAUAAAUAAAAUUGUGAAUGUUCAUUUUCUUCAAGUGAUGACAUUUUUGCCAUUCAGACACAGGAUAAUGUUGCAGGUUAUCAGUAAUUCUUUCUCUUUUAGUAAAAAAGAAUCCACAAUGUAUUAUAGACAAAGAAUGAGCAGAGCAUUAAAAUGUCUGUGAGAUAAA